AUGAUGAUUUUUCUUAGUUUUCCUGUACUCUCCUCUACCCUGAGUUCUCCUGUACUCCUCUCUACCCUGAGUUCUCCUGAACUCUCCUCUACCCUGAGUUCUUCUGUACUCCUUUCUACCCUGAGUUCUCCUGUACUCCUUUCUACCCUGAAUUCUCCUGUACUCUCCUCUACCCUGAGUUCUUCUGUACUCCUUUCUACCCUGAGUUCUCCUGUACUCAUCUCUACCCUGAGUUCUCCUGAACUCCUUUCUGCCUUGAUAUCUCUUGUACUCAUCUCUACCCUGAAUUCUCCUGAACUCCUCUGUACCCUGAGUUCUACUAUACUCCUCUCUACCCUGAGUUCUCCUGUACUCCUCUCUACCCUGAGUUCUCCUAUUCUCCUCUGUACCCUGAGUUCUCCUGUACUCUCCUAUACCCUGAGUUCUCCUGUACUCCUCUCUAUCCGGAGUUCUCCUGUACUCCUCUCUACCCUGAGUUCUCCUGUAGUCCUCUCUACUUUGAGUUCUCCUGUACUCCGCUCUACCCUGAGUUCUCCUGUAGUCCCCUCUAUUUUGAGUUCUCCUGCUCUUCUCUCUACCUUGAGUUCUCCUGGACUCCUUUCUGCCUUGAUAUCUCCUGUACUCCUCUCUACCCUGAGUUCUCCUGUACUCCGCUCUACCCUGUGUUCUCCUGUAGUCCAAUCUAUUUUGAGUUUUCCUGCUCUUCUCUCUACCCUAAGUUCUACUAUACUCCUCUCUAACCUGGGUUCUCCUGAACUCCUCUCUACCCUGAGUUCUCCUGUACUCCUCUCUACCCUGAGUUCUCCUGUACUCCUCUCUACCCUGAGUUCUUCUAUACUCCUCUGUACCCUGAGUUCUCCUGUACUCUCCUCUACCUUGAGUUAUCCUGUACUCCUCUCUACCCGGAGUUCUCCUGUACUCUCUUCCACCCUGAGUUCUCCUGUAGUCCUCUCUACCAUGAGUUCUCCUGUACUCCUCUCUACCCUGAGUUCUCCUUUACUCCUCUGUACCCUGAGUUCUCCUUUACUCCUCUGUACCCUGAGUUCUCCUGAACUCUUCUGUACCCUAAGUUCUCAUUUUCUCCUCUCUACCCUGAGUUCUCCUGAACUCCUCUUUACCCUAAGUUCUCCUUUACUACUCUGUACCCUGAGUUCUCCUGUACUCCUCUGUACUCUGAGUUCUCAUGUACUUCUCUCUAACACGAGUUCUCCUGUACUCUCCUCCACCCUGAGUUCUCCUGUAGUCCUCUCUAACCUGAGUUCUCCUGUACUCCUCUCUACCCGGAGUUCUCCUGUACUUCUCUCUAACACGAGUUCUCCUGUACUCUCCUCCACCCUGAGUUCUCCUGUAGUCCUCUCUAACCUGAGUUCUCCUGUACUCCUCUCUACCCGGAGUUCUCCUGUACUCUCCUCCACCUUGAGUUCUCCUGUACUCCCCUCUAACCAGAGUUCUCCUGUACUCCUCUCUACCCUGAGUUCUCCUGUGCUCCUCUCUACCCUGAGUUCUACUGAACUCCUCUCUACCCUGAGUUCUCCUGUGUUUCUUUGUACCUUGAUAUCUUCUCAACUCUUCUCUAAUUUGAUUGCUUUUGUACUCCUCUCUACUCUGAGUUUUAUACAAAUUCAAAAUGUUUAUGGAAAAUUUCCUGUACUUUAUUAA